AUGCUUCGCAUACCCAGUGGCAGUUGGAGCAACAAGGACAAGGACAGCAAGCGGUCAGAGAGCCCAGAGAUGCCUUUGACGCCUCCGCCGUCGGGGCACAAGCGGGAGCGGACGACGAGCACAAUAAGCACGACGAGCUCGGUCGAGGGGUCGCCGGGUCGGUCAAAGGGGCUGAGCCGACGAUCAUCCGAGUCUGUGAAGAAGAUAGUCAAGGGAAUCAAGCGCAAGAUUUCCUUUCACAAACAUAAGCACCACUCGCUAAACCCGGACUGCUCUUACUUCCGCGACCAACACUCGCGCGAUCCCUCUACCUCCACCACAGACGAACUCCUCCUCACCCCUCCCCCCUUCGACUCGGAGCACGCCGACGCCGUCGCACGCAAGCUCAAGGCACGUCAGCGCUCCAUCUCCAUCGUCGACCACUCGGACGACGACGACGAGUACCCGUCUCGCCGCGAUCAGGCAACAUCCAUCGACCUCGAUCCAAAGAUUCUCCUCCCCUCCUCCCCAGUCAUGACACCAGUCGCUGUGGCACCGUCAUCAUCGUCAUCGGGAGCUGCCUCUCCGCAGCCCCCACCGACGGUUGACAUCUCUCUCCCCGUGUCCCCUGCCCCCACGGAGCAGCCAACACCGACGACGGCUGCCGACGUCAACAAGCCUGUGCCCGUUCCGCCGGUCGUCUCGCCCGCACCAGCACAGUCGCCGUUGGUCAACUUGGCCGCGCUCACCGCGCCGUCGAUGUUUCUUCCCAUCCCAAACGUACGCACUUCCGUUUCGAACCUCCUCACCUGGUGGCUCGCUCCCGCAUCCUCGUCGUAUUCCUCUACUUCUACUGCCUUGUCUUCCUUUCGGACUUUUCCCUCUUUUUUUCGUAUCCAUGCGCACCCACACCCAGCAAGGGGAACAGCAGACCAGCGCCGUCGCUCCGUCUCGGACCAGUUCUCCGCCUGUCUGUUCCCCGAGGUGCCUGUGUCGCGGCAGCUUAUCGAUGGUGGGAGCGACGUAUCGUCCACCAAUUCGUCGUCCUAUGACGACCUGGAUGGUGUCGAUGAUCUCGCUCGCGAUGAUCCUCGUCGCGACGCUACGCCAGCGCCCGCACCUCAUUCUUCCUUUCUUACGCCGUCUUCAUUCUUGAGCGCACUCUUUGCGCCUCUACGCGCGCGCUCGUAA